CUGUCUGUGGGCGGAGCUGGACGCCUCUCGCUGGCUCAAUGCUUCUCGGUGCGGGCUAUGACUGGAUUAUUCUGACCGUAGUCUGGACGGCAUAUUCCCAGUCAUGGUUGUGCUGCACGCCGUCCUGAGACUAUUGUGCGGACGGAAAGGCGCUGGUGCAAGCGGAACACAUUGACAGACGUCGGGCUGUUUACGGAGCCUCUGGGCUGGAGCUGAUCUGUCAGCCAUCUGCGAGUUUGAAGUGUCCCCCCCACCCCCGCCCCGCCCUCCCCAAGUGUCCUCUGGGUGUCAGCGGACCGUGGUGGAUUGAGAAGUACAAAGUGUGUCACAGAAGAAACUGACCUAAACUCACAAUGUCUCAAAACAGAGAACUUGUUGUUUACUACGUUGGCUACAAACUGUCUCUGAGGGACUACCCUGUGAACUAUAUGGAACUGUUGGAACCCUCAAACAGGACUGAGAGAAGGGAAGAGUCUGGGGAGGAACAGGGUUUAGCAGCACACGCCAAUGGAACCUUUAACGGCACGGGUCCGGGCACGCCACCAGAAUCCCCUCGGCCGGAGGAGAGGUUACCAACGAACCUGGAUGCGGUGAAGGACGCCAUCCGGGACUCGGCCAACGAGUUUGAGUUGCGGUACUCCCGGGCGUUUAAUGACCUGCACAAUCAGCUCCACAUCACGCCCGCCACAGCGUACCAGAGCUUCGCCAGCGUGAUGGACGAGGUGUUCCGAGACGGCGUCAACUGGGGUCGCAUCGUAGGCCUUUUUGUGUUCGGUGGAGCGCUGUGUGUGGAGUGCGUGGAGAAGGAGAUGAGUCCGCUCGUGGCCAGGAUCGUAGAGUGGAUGACCGUCUACCUGGACCAACAUAUCCAGCCAUGGAUUGCGAGCCAAGGAGGAUGGGAGAGCUUUGCUGAAAUCUUCGGCCAGGAUGCGGCAGCGGAGGUCAGGAGGUCAGAAGAGAGCUUCAAAAAGUGGUUCCUGGCCGGGAUGACCCUGGUCACCGGUGUCGUGGUCGGCUCUCUAAUCGCCCAGAAGCGUCUGUGAAGGAGACCCCAGCACCACCGCCACCUUCCUGUCGCCAACAUACAAGAGCAUCCCCAACAAAAAUGAAGGUCCCCGUGAUGACGCCGGUGUUUAGUUCCUCUCUCCAGUUCCUCUUGCAAGGACAGAGACGUUUUAUGUUCCCACUUGAUGCGUUCAUGAUCAUCACUUUGUUCUAAUUUAUCUGCAUUGAUUUUCUCCAUUCCAUUGUUCCAUAGUUCCAACAAGUUUUUUUUUUUUGUACAUUUUUUUUCUCGUGUUCACAUUUUUAGUUUUUACAAAUGUCAUUGUUCCACGGAAGAAUACUGACUUUGGUCUGAAGCGUGUUGCAUUCAGCCUCUCUGCUGCUCCAAGUGAUGGUCAGACACACCCAUCGCACGUGCCAUACGUAGCGCAGCCUCUGACUGCAGCAGGCUCGGCGCCGCUCUUCGUAGUUCAAGUUCGUAGUAUCAAGCGAGACGUCCGCUCCCGAUUCUGUUGGUCUGAAACUACUCGUGUGAAGAUCUCUUAUGUUUGCUGGUGCGAUUUGGACUCGACACACAUACAUAUACACAAAGUAGCAGCCGAAGGCGCUCGGUAUUGUAGCAGCUCACACAAAUUUGGGUUGAUGUAUGGUGUAAUUUUGAUGCUUUUUUUAACCCAUAAAGGCAUGUAAGCAAUUUAAUAAAAGGUUAGGUCUCA